GAACGCUGAUUGGUCAGAAACAACACCCACGGAGUUUUGCAUCCGUCAACAACCAGUUGAUGUUUUUUUCAAUCAAGCUACAGCACUGAAACGACCUAAAAAUUGUUCUCUCGGCUAUGGAGGCGAGAUGUGCUGUUGUUGAGACUUGGGCUGAGUUCGGAUGUCCUUCGCCGGGUACAGCUGCUAAAGUGAUCUGGUCUGGGGAAGAUGUGUUGAUUUGCACUGGGGGCGACGAGGUGUCGGUCUUCAACACACAAGAGCUGAAACUGACGACUGUUCUUCAGUUCCUGAGUCCAGUGUGUCACAUGGUGCUGAGUGAGGACAAGCAGUCUGUCUAUGCUGUCUGUGAGAGUGAUGGGGUGUACUGUGUCAGUCUACCAACUCUGCACCCUAAGUCUCCCACUCCCACAGCUGACCAAUCCCCUGGCCCUGCUCUGAUCAAGGUGUUGUCUAAUUCGCUGGCAGCCAGAGACGAGGGGGUGUGUUCUCUGAUUGAGGUGGGAGGGUCCGGUGGGACCUUGGUGACCGUCUCCCUGAGAGACGCAGCCUGGUGGUUUACUCUCUAUAAAGCAGCUGACCACCAGAAACUGACUCAGUUUAGUCUACCUGUCGUUUCAGCUGGUCACCAUGUUGAAUCAGAGGAAAAUGGUUCCGCAGGACUGGUCAUGAGACCUGUGUUAGCUUGCGUUUACAGCAGUGAUGCACCACCCUUAUCAUCUUCAUCAUCCUCAACAACAACAAAACUACCACCUUUGUCAUCAUCAUUAGGCGUCAAACAUUUUCUCCUGGAGCCUCUCCUCUUCAAGCUCCUCUUCGGCGUCGACGCUGCCCUCAUCAACUCCCCCAUGAUCCUUUGCGGCCUGCCUGAUGGGCGUCUCUGCUCCCUCCCCUUACUUCUCCCUGGACGAUCAGACCCCUGCGUUAGAGUUCUACACAGCAUGGAGCAGCCAAUCAUGUUUAUCGGAACCACGACCGGGACAAAUUAUGGUCCACAGUGUUUGGUGGCAGUAGGCCAAUGGGGGAGGGUGGUGCUGGUCAGAACCUGUGAAGGGGGGCCGGAGGAGGGGGGCAAGGUAGCAGCAUUAACAGAGGGGUGUGUGUCAGGGCCUGUGGUGUGUGUGUGUGCAGGCAGGGAGGGCCUGUACUACAGCACAGGGUCAGAUCUUCUAGCCCUGGAUCUCUCAGGGGUGCGAGAGGAACCUCCGAAGCCAGAAGAGAGCCUGGUGGUUGGCCACAGGGAGAGGCAAGGCCAGGGACAGGCCAUGGUGAGAGCAAGGGAGUCUGCUACCCUACAGAGUCCUGUCAGCCUUAAUGUCUGCAGAGUCAUUGCCCUGGCUGGGCCCUCACACAAUGCCUCAGAUCAUGUUUGUGUGUGUGUUACAGGCAUAGUGCAGUUGGUGGCUUUGUCUCUCCGGGGGAGGCUCCAGCGUUUAACCCUGCCUAAGGGGACAGAGACAGGGGGCAUACCCAGGCUCCCCUUAUCACAGGUGGGACAGAGAGUGAGGGACCUCCUUGCAGCCAUCGGAGAUGUGUGUGAGAGAGCAUCUGUGUUGAAAAGCACCAUACAGUCCAAAAACCACUCCCUCAGACACCUGAAUCAGGUGCUCAAUGUCUGCUGCCUACUGCUAGCAAAUCAGAACAGUGGAGAGCAGCUCCCGGUCAGCAAGAAGCCAAUCAGGUGUCACGUUGUUGCCAAGUGGAGCCGCCUGCUACAGAGAGACUCCCUGAAUCUGACCUGUGUUCUGGACAAUUCUAGUCCUUACAUUCUAGAACGGAACUGGAUGUUCUGUGUGAGAGUUCUACCAUUAUCCUACCCUCUUCCUGCAGGGGGGGUGAACACCUCUCAAACAUUCUCAUUCCCAUUCCAGAAACUAGAGCCGGGUGGGAGAAUGGAAGUGUCGUUGCCCCUAACAGUGGCGGGGGACACAUCUUUCCCUGUGACGGUUAGCUGCUCGCUCACCUACUCACUGCAAAGCCUGCUGGGGUCUGAGGAGCUGUCCCGCCUCCUGGCCAAUGGGGAGCCGGCAUCUCGUCUGGGAUUGGAGGGUGGAUGGGUCAGUCUGCCCCUUGACACGCUGACAGUGGAUUGGCUGGAUGCUCUGCAGGUGACCGGGACCACGCCCCCUCACAGGGACCCAAACAGACCCCCCAUUUCCCCGGAUACCGUCUCGAUGGAUAUCGUUGAGGCCUUCGUGAGCACCCGUCGGAGCAGGGGUUCUGGGAGGGGGGGUGGAGAAGGAGGAGGAGAGAGGAUGGUGGCGUCUGAUGGGGGGCUGUUUUCAGCAAGCAUCAAGGUCUCAACAGAGCUACUGAGAGGGACACUAGGACUGGAGCCAGCAGGCUCUGCUGGCCCUUCUCAGGGUGUGUGUGGCUCUGUGCUGGGCUGGCUGCUGUCACAGGGGACAGGAGGAGAGGACUGGAGGGGCAGAGGGGACAAUGGAGGACAGGAAAGCUCUGUGGUCUACGCCCGGUGUCUAGGGCGACACACCGUCAAACUCACAGCCAAAGAGGUAACUGUAGGGGACACCAGUGUUAAGGAGGCUGUGGAGGUGCGGGUGCAGUGCUCCUCCAUGGCAGCCGUGUGUGGACUACACCAUGCAGUGUUAAGCCGUGUUCAGGCUCUUCUCCAGGGUAAUGCUAGCACACAGGAGUCCUCUAUGGGAGUCCAGGGACUGGGCUUGAGACAGGCCCUACAGCGGGCACAGGUCCUAUCUGAGCAUCUCCAGGAGGCUCGUAUCCCAGAAGCCAUUGGACUGGGGAUGACCACGGGACAGACCACCAAGACACUGUUCAGCGUUUACAGGCAACUCAGAGAGAACCCCCUCCUCAUCCUCUGACACCGUUACCAUCCCACAUACGCUCCUCAUACACAACAUCCUCACACACAACAUCCUCAUCCACACAUUUACAAUCCUCUCCUCAUCUUCAUUCUCAGCCCCACACUCACUAUCCAAUACAUCUCCUGCAAAGGAGAAAUAAAUGACUGUUUGUCUCCCUCUGCUGUUUUAGUACACAAACAGCAUUUAUUUAUUUAUAUGAACGUUUGUAAAAUAGUACAUAGCAGGUAGGUUGUGUGUGUGGAUUAAAAUGUACCUGCAACGGA